CCCAGUGCCAAAUGGGCUGAGAAGCGACGGACGUCGUUUGAUUGGUCUUUGUGAAUUUACGUCAUGGUUAUCCCCGCGGAAGAAGUGCAACGACAAGGGAAAGGGAAAAAUAAACGUAAAGGGAAAGGACGUGGAAAUGCUGGAAGAGGACGAGGAAGAGGUCAAGAUCCGACACCUACUCCUGGCAGAACUGAACAUGUUGGGAAGCCUCCCGAGGAGAGUGGGAUCACGACCGAGGAGAAGCCAGAUUAUUCAAAUCCUAAGGAUUCAAGUACAGCUGAUUUUGAUGAGAAACGAGCUGCUGGUGCGUGCGGUAAUGAUCUGACAAAUGGUUAUGAUGAAGACACAGGAAGACAGGAAAAAAGCUCUGCAACUACUUACGAAGCGACGACAACAGUCGAAGAACACAACCAAAGGGGAAAUUCUUCGGGUGAAACACCAUCAAAGUCUAAAAAGAUUAAAGGAAGACAACGCGAUAUACCAGCAAGUCCUCCUGACGAUAAGGGCGAAGCUUCCACUUUGCUUCGAGGUGCUACUGCAGCUGAUGCCUCAUCAACGAAAUCUGUUAGUGCCACCACCCCAACUUCAGCUACUGUGACAAGCAGUAGUGCAGCAUUGAACAGAGAAGUUGAAAAUCUCACAAAAAAGCUAGGUUCUUCUCUGGGAAGUGGAGGACAUACUACUCGUCAAACCCAAGGAAAUGGUGGCCCACGUCCUCCUAAAAGACCAGGCUAUGGUACAAAAGGCCGCCCUAUACCUUUGAGAGCAAACUUCUUCCGCCUCAAUGUCUCACCGGGGCUUUCAGACCUGUAUCACUAUGACGUUGAAAUAACUCCUGAGAGAUGUCCCAAACGUGUUAAGAGAGAUGUUGUAAAUGAAAUCAUAAAUAAGUACAAAAAGACAACAUUUCAAGGCCACCAUCCUGCUUUUGAUGGUGAAAAGAAUCUGUACAGCAGGAUAAAGCUGCCUGUUUCUGCUGAACUUGAAGUUAAACUACCAGGUGAAGAUGGAGGUAGAGACAGGGUUUUCAAGGUUAAAAUUCAGUUAGCUGCUACAGUGAGUCUUUUGGAACUUAACAACUUUUUGAGUGGAAAACAGAAUGGCAAAAUACCUCAGGAUGCAGUCCAAGCAUUGGACAUUGUGGUGCGACAGAUGCUAUCAAUGUCUUACACCCCUGUUGGAAGAUCAUUCUUUCCAUUUGAUGGUCAAGGAAGACCCCUUGGAGAGGGAUGUGAAGUGAAAUUUGGUUUUUAUUCAAGUAUCCGGCAUUCUGAGUGGAAGGCAAUGCUGGUGAACAUUGAUGUCUCUGCAAAAGGCUUUUACAAGGAUCAAGCUGUUGUUCCUGAUUUCUUGUGUGAAACCCUUGAUGUGAAACCCUAUAAUCUUGAAGAUCACAGAUUUGAACCAGACAGACGGAGGCUUGAGAAAGCCAUACGCGGAAUUCGUAUACAAACCACUCAUGCUGCCCCUAUCAAGAGGAAGUACGCAGUUUGGGGCGUGUCAGCAAAAUCAGCCGACAGGAUGCAGUUUGAUGUCACAGACGAGGGAACAUGUCGCACAUACAAAACAACUGUUGCAGAGUAUUUCAAGGAUAGAUACCGAUUGACUUUAAGGUAUCCUCACCUACCAUGCUUACUAGUUGGACCGAAAAAGGACAGAUAUCUGCCAAUGGAGGUCUGCACUAUUGUUCCUUGUCAAAGAAAACAUUUAUCGGAACAACAGACUGCGAACAUGAUCAGAAGUACUGCUCGCCCUGCGCCUGAGCGACAGCGUGACAUUCAACACUGGGUCCAAGAAAUGACUCGAACCAGUAGUAAAUACUUAAAAGAUGAGUUCCAAACCUCAAUCAGCACAGAGAUGGUUAAGGUAGAAGGACGUGUUCUUCCGGCACCCAGAAUCAACCUUGGACCACAGGAUCAGUCACUGGUUCCUCGUGAUGGUUCGUGGGAUAUGCGCAACAAAUCACUGCAUGAUGGAGCCCGUAUUGACAAGUGGGCAUUAGCUUGCUUUUGCGGGAGAUGUCGGGAAGAACAGCUGAGAAAUUUUUCUAGGCAAAUGGCCAGUAUAUCCAGUCGACAGGGUUUGAGAAUGUCAGAGCAGCCAGUUGUUGUGGCAUACGGCAGGGGCGCCAGAGAUGUAGAGAGCUUGUUUUCUAAGUGGGUAGUAGAUUUUCCAGGCCUACAACUUAUUAUAGCUGUUCUGCCAGAGAGAGACAAACAAAUCUAUCCAGAGUUAAAACGUGUGGGCGACAAUGUUAUUGGAAUUCCAACGCAGGGUGUCCAGUCAAAAAAUGUACACCGUUGCAACCCUCAGCUUUGCGCCAACCUCGCGUUGAAGAUCAACUCCAAA